AUGAACUGAAGGUUUUGUGUUUUUUUUUUUCAGCUCAGGAGUCGGGAGGCUCUCCCUGUCCCAGCUCGUGUCCCGACCUAAACAAAUCCCAGACUCUCAGCUCCCUGUCGGAGAGCGGGGCUGUGCUGGUGGAGGUCUGCUGUCUUCUUGUCCUAGCAGUUGAUAAUAAGGCAGCAGCGGAGGAACUGUGUCUUUUGCUCAGCCAGGUCUUUCAGAUUGUUUACACAGAAUCAACUAUAGACUUUCUAGACAGAGCCAUAUUUGAUGGAGCUACAACGCCUACAAGACACCCUUCUUUGUACAGUGACGACUCUUCGAGCAAAGUAGAUGUCAAGGAGGCUUUUGAGAGAGAAACCAGCCCGUUUCCUUUCGAGGCCACAGAAGGAAGCUCUCCAUCUACAUCCACCCCUGCAUCCCCUCAGACAAAGGCCCCAAGUGAAGGAGAGCUCAGCACCACUGCUGCAGAGCUUCUACAGGACUACAUGACUACAUUGCGAACAAAGCUAUCAUCGCAGGAGAUCCAGCAGUUUGCAGCUCUGCUCCAUGAAUACAGGAACGGUUCCUCCUUUCACGAGUUCUGCAUCAACCUGCGGCAGCUCUACGGGGACAGCAGGAAGUUCCUCCUGCUCGGCCUGCGUCCCUUCAUACCCGAGAAGGACAGCCAGCACUUUGAAAACUUCCUAGAGACCAUCGGAGUGAAGGACGGCCGCGGCAUAAUCACAGACAGCUUCGGCCGCUGCAAACGCACGGCCAGCUCCGCCUCCGACUCCACCACCAACGGCAACGGAGCGGCGGGAGGCAGCGGCGACAGCACGGCGUCGGAGGAGGGGCGGGACGCCUCGGAGGGCGACGAAUGGGACCGUAUGAUUACUGACAUCAGCAACGACAUCGAAGCUCUUGGCUGCAGCAUGGACCAGGAGGCGGUGACCCCCUGACCUGUCGGCGCGAAACCACGGCCACGCCUCAGACGAGCGGUUGGCUUUACUAAAGCGGAUCAGAUGAAGGUGGUCCUUAGCACUGACCUAAGAUUUGGUUUAUACGUUUAUUCCUCUAAUUAUCAAGAGGACGUUCCGUCGGCCCUGUACAUUUAAGGAAAAUCUUUGUCGAGUCGACUCGCGCACUUAUGCAGACCUUGUAGUGGACUUGUAGUUAUUGUUUUACAUUUCAGCUGGAUUCGCCUCAGAGUUAUUUUUUAAACUUUAUCUUCGGUUUUGUACUCGUUUAUUGGCAGCAUCUGCCACUUGCUCUCUGUGACAAAGCUUAGCUCUCCAGUCAGCGCAGCAGCGACUGGAGAAUCCACCGAUAGACUGUGCAGACAUUUUAGAAGGUUAAGACUGAGAUUUGUAUCUUAAUUUAACCGUGAAUUAAUCGGCUUCAUCCACCUUUGGUUUUCUUCAUUUGUUUCGAUGUAAGGAUGUAACGUUUUUGCUAUGUGUAGUAUUGUAAGUUCUGCUUUUACCUCACACUUUGUUAAUCAGCGCUUACUCUGUUUAUAUGUUUUUGCCUUAUUCAAACUGACCUAGAAGACGCUGUAAAAGAAACGGCUGCAUUCAUUUAAAGCCACACUGUGUGGACUGUAUUUUUUAUUUUUUUUUGUGACAAGGCCAGCUUAUGGAUGGUUGAUGUAAAUUGUUUUCAACAUUCAGGUCAUUUUUGUGUUGCAUUAAAUUUGUCGUCGUGCCUAAACACUGCAGUUCUGCUGCCGGCAGGUUCUUAGUGACUCUUAGAGCAGUUCUGCGGCAAGUUGUGGUUAAUGCAUAACAAAUCAAUUACAUUGAUUUAUAUUUUGGUAUUGCAUAAUUGCAAGCAUCAUGAUGUUGCAUAAAAAAAAAAAACACUUGUGACAGUGUCUCACCUAA